AUGAAUUAAGCAUUGAAAUAUGUUCCAAAAAUUAAAUUUAUUGGGAGCAGAGCUAAUUUAGUUCCUCACCAACAUAGUACAUAAACUGCAAAAUAUGUACAUAAAGUUGUGGAUUAUUAAAGAAAAAAGAUGACAGAAGAAGAAAUUGAAAUCAUAAACCAAGGAGGAUUUGCAGAUAUGAGAUGGAAGAAAAUCAAGCCUAUUAAUAUAUGA